AUUCAAACUAAUUCACUACACUGGACCUUCCCAAAAAUUUCUUUGGAGUAAGAAGAAAAAAAUGUUUUCUGGAGAGAUGUUCACGGGCUUCGGAUCCGCAAUCGGCGGUCUGGUAGUCAUAUGGGCCAUGUUCCAGCAAUACAUCCCUCCCCAGCUGCGGGACCAUGUGGAGCGGUACACCCGAAAGCUGGUGAGCUUGUUCUAUCCGUAUAUUGAGAUUGUGUUCCCUGAGUUCGCAGGGGAGAAGCUGAAGCGAAGCGAGGCCUACUCGGCCAUCCAGAACUACCUCAAGGAGAACGCCACUGCACGGGCCAAGCGGCUCAAGGCGGACGCCAUCAAAGAUAGUACCCAGUCUCUCAUUCUGAGCAUGGAUGACCACGAGGAGGUCACGGACGUGUUCAAGGGGGUGAAGGUCAGGUGGUCGUCGAACAAAACCACCCCCAAGAACGCGUCUAUUUCCUUCUAUCCGAUGACUGAGGACCGGAGGUUUUACCGGCUCACCUUUCACCGGAGGCACCGGAAAUUCAUCACAGAAUCUUAUGUUAAGCACAUCUUGACUGAAGGAAAGGCGAUUGCCAUGAAAAACCGGCAAAGAAAGCUCUAUACAAACAAUCCUAGCCAGAAUUGGUUUGGAUACAAGCGAACCAAGUGGAGCCAUGUGGUUUUUGAGCACCCAGCGACGUUUGAGACUCUGGCGAUGGAGCCGAACAAGAAGCGGGAAAUCAUGAAUGAUCUCAAAAAGUUCAGCGAAGGGAAAGAGUACUACACUAAAAUAGGCAAAGCCUGGAAGCGUGGUUACCUGCUCUAUGGUCCCCCUGGGACAGGUAAGUCCACCAUGAUCGCUGCCAUGGCUAAUUUCUUGAACUACGAUGUGUAUGAUCUUGAGUUGACAGCGGUCAAAGACAACACUGAGCUGAAGAAGCUAAUAAUCGAAACUUCAAGCAAGUCUAUUAUCAUGAUCGAGGACAUUGAUUGCUCGCUUGAUCUGACGGGCCAAAGAAAGAAAAUGGAGAAGGACGAUGAUGACGAUGACGACGAAACGGACAAUCCCGUGAAGAAAAUGGAGAAAGAAGAGAAGAAAGGCAGCAAGGUGACUUUAUCUGGUCUUCUCAACUGCAUUGAUGGCAUCUGGUCAGCUUGUGGAGGAGAGCGAAUCGUCAUAUUCACCACCAACCAUGUGGACAAGCUCGACCCUGCUCUCAUAAGGAGAGGAAGGAUGGACAAGCACAUAGAAAUGUCGUAUUGCUGCUUUGAGGCAUUCAAAGUUCUUGCAAGGAAUUAUUUGGACAUUGACUAUCAUCCACUAUUCACGACGAUUAGUGGACUGUUUGAGGAGACCAAAAUGACCCCUGCCGAUGUUGCAGAGAACUUGAUGCCUAAGUCCGACAGUGAGGAUCCAGAGACUGGCUUGAGGAACUUGAUAGAAGCGCUCAAAGCGGCAAAGGAGCUGGAAGCAAGGAACAAAGCCGAGGAAGAAGCGCGGGCAAAGGCUGAAAAGGAAGAGCAAGAAAAGAAAGAAAAUGGUGUGAAGGAGGAAGUGAAAGAGAGUGGAAAAUCUGAUAAAGAAGUGAAGGCAAAUGGGGUCAUCAAUGGAGGAGUGGCUGCCAAAGAAGUGAAACAGAAUGGCUUCGCAGUGUAGACGUUGAAGAAACCAGAUGAUCCUGAAAAAUUGUAGUAAUAUGUAGAUUUCUUCUGCCUCGUAUUUUGUGUGUGAUUUGUACAUCUCAAGAAAACUAGAAUAGGAAAGAUUGGCAAAAUGUGUGAAAAAUCUAGGAGUGGAUGGAUUGGUUUCUCCACCGUUGUAAGCUUGAAAUUUAUUGCAUUCGAAAUAAGAAUUUGCUUUUA